AUGUCAAAUUAUUCAAUCUAUACGGAAAGAAUCCUAAAUAGCCGCAUUUUCAGGCUGCUUUUCAUACGCCCCGCUCUGGAUCAGGAUCAGCAACUGGAAUGUUAUUGCCUUCCUUUCAAUAUCGAUUACGCACCUCCUUAUGAAGCACUAUCCUACGUAUGGGGUAAAUCCAAUCUAUCUGCUGAGAUAAGAUGCAACGGACGACCUAUUACCAUCGGAAUAGAGCUCUUAAACGCACUGAUCAGACUCCGCUCUCCCGAGGUUACACAGAUAAUCUGGGCGGAUGCGCUUUGUAUCAACCAGAGUGACAAAGCAGAGAAGAGUCACCAGGUGCCCCUGAUGGGGAGCAUCUAUUCCUCGGCAAAGAGAGUUGUCGUCUGGCUAGGACAGGGAGAUGAGAAAUAUAUCAUUGAGGCUUUUGAAUACAGUACAGAAGUCGCUAAAGCUUGCCUCCGAUACGACGAAGAGCGUGGCUUACCCCUAAAUCACGAGGAAAGAUACGAAACGCUAGAUUUUCCAAAAGACGCUUUCCCUCCAAGUGCUUGGAAAAGCCUGCAGGAGCUAUACGAACGACCUUGGUUCUCUAGAGUCUGGUGUGUCCAAGAAAUCCGCCUGGCGCAAGCUGCCUUUGUCCUCUGGGGGGAUUUUGGGAUUGACUGGCAAUAUCUGAGUUUAGCCGCCUCCUGGGUAUUCGACAAGAGCGACCAAGAGACUGACUUUGAGGUACCAUCUGCCGUUGGGCAGAGUGUCUCACACCCCGAUAUCUUGCGCGAUAAAUACCGAUAUCCGCUGCUCGAGGCUUUACAGGCCUUCCGAGAAUUCGAGUCGACCGACCCUAGAGACAAAGUGUAUGGGCUUCUAAAUCUGGUUGAAAACCAGUCUGAAAUAGAUGCUCUAGCCCUAGAUUAUCAUAAGAGUGUCGGUGAGGUUUACGCUGACACAGUUUUGGCCAUUAUUCGAGUUCACUCAAGGCUAAGCACGUUCGGCUACAUCACACACCCUCCCAAGUAUGAUCCAGAUAAUGAAGAGAACUUGAAGUGUCGAUGCAGAUCUUGGGCGCCAAGGUGGGAUGAUUCGGCAGUGGCAGAUGUACUGGGAUUUUCUGAAAACGAUUGUCGUUGGAAGCCUUACGGAGAUAAUGCAACAGUGAUGAUAGCUGGUCAUGACUCUCGACCCGAGGAACUCUGCCUCAAAGGUGUGUACUACAACAGAGUAUGCAGCGUUGAAGGAAUCAUGGACUAUUACAACCUGAAGGACCCGAUGUACAACGAUGAAAAUCCCGCGAGCCCAGAGGACGAUGAUAUGAUUAUCGAGACCGAUUCUGAGUCCGACGACUCAGACCCUCUACUUGAUAUCUUUAACAAAUUCUUUGUGGAAUCAAGCUCAGAAGCUGUACACAGGGCGUGGGCUCGGACUUUGACUGCGGGUUGCUGGGAUAAAAAUCAAGAUUACAUUGAAAACUUGGACCCUGCCACUCAAGAGUCCUACUAUCGGGCUUAUCCUCGUUUCAUGCGCAGAUUGAAAGAGUUCCAAGUUACCGGGACAGAGGGCAACUUUGCUCACGAUGAAGAUUCGGCCAAAUUCCAACGCACUGUUUAUAGCAUUUGCAGGCAAAGACGCGUAUUCUGGACAGAUAAUAUGACCUUUGGUCUCGGUCCACAAUACAAAUAUCUGUUCAUGGGGCAGGCUUACGUCGAUAAUAUUAUGCAUGGAGAAAUUUUCGACGGUUCGGAGGAAUAUGAGGAAAGAACAUUUUGCCUCAUUUAG